CUAAAGUCCGUAUUGGCCCUAAGAGCGGCCUCCCAUUGCAUUCAUGGGAAAGCUGGUAGCGUCGCUGCUCCCAUGGGCCGCAUUUGCUUUUGGCAAUCUCCUUUGCUGUGGAUUGAUCUUGGCGGCGACACAGGUGAGCUGGCGGCUGGGUUUUUCUCUCACCGUGGCUUACUUCCUGGUCUCUAUGGGCCUCGCCUUGAACAUGGAAAAAGAAAGGUGGCACGACGGGAUCCGAAGUUUACUUUGGGUUCUUGUUUGUGGCCAGCUGGGCAUUUUAGGGACCUGGUUGAGCUUUGCCACUAUUCCUUGGGAGAUGGUCUUGGAGGUUGGUGGAGCCGUGCCGAUCGGUUCUGGCCAUGCUGUCUACGGCCCACACCUGUACUUUUCUUCCGGAACACCUGAGAGGAUCCUGAUGCGAGCCGAUUCACAAUCCUUUGGCUCUGUGCCUCCAGGCGUCAUUGAUGCCCAUUCCUUUAUGGAACACAAUGGGAGCCUUUUCUUCUUUGGGCGUCCGAAUGCUUCAGCAGGCGAGUGCUUAUGGAGAAUCACAGGCCAUGGUGACGCAACUCUCAUCCGACAGUUUCAGCCAGGAUUUGAUUUGAGGCAUCUCAAUGCAUCGGGAACGAGUGAGAUGGACACUGCCCUCACCUUUCAGGUGUACGGUCGAUGUGGCGCCCUUCGCAGCCGGAGCUUCUUCCGAAGCAACGGAACCCUGGAAGGGACCGAAGCAGGCGGUUUUGUGGAUCUCGCUCAUCUUUGUUUGCAGCUUGCUGCAGGGUUGGAGCUGAGGCCACCCACUGGACGACUCAUGGGCAUGCUGAUAUUGGGCAUCCUGCCGCAAACAGGCCUUGCUACAUAUUUGCUGUUUCGAAGAAAGGUGCCUGGCGCAUUCUUGAAUGUUUUCCUUGGAGCCUAUGCUGUGGCCUUCAUAAUAUGGAUGUUGACGACGGACAAAGUGGCCGACGUGCUGUUCUUCGCGCAGGUUUCUACUAUGACCUAUGCAACUCUGAGCUGCUUGGCUGUUGCAGUCAACCAGGUACUCACCCGACCUCGAAGCGCGACCGCGACGGAGUUGGGCAGCUGGGCGGCGGCCGUGAGCACCGUGGCCUUCUUCGGCGCGGUUCAUCUGGUCCUGGACUUUCCCUUCUCCAAUAGCUGGCUGAACUGGUUGCUUUAUGCACUUCUCCAAUUACCACAGAUCGCUUUUGCGCUCCUCAUGCGCCGCAUGACGCCCAUGGCGUUAUUCAUAAUCGGCUGGCUCAUUAUACUCCACAAGGCAGUUGCUGAGAUCGACGGACGAGUAGGCCAAGGUUGGCCAGCAGAGCUGGGGAAGGCCCUGCAGCUUGGCGCCUUUUACAUCCUGGGGGCAUUGGUUUGCUUGAUUCUCCUUGGCUACAAGGACAACAAGAGUACUUUGGAGGAGCUAGUGGGCAAGCGCUUUGAAUGUUCACCAGAGGAGGCUUGGCAGGAUGGAGACGAGUUCAAACCCAGUGAGCCAAUGUCUGAGCCUGAAGAAGACAAGCAAGAGUCCUGGCUGCUUCUCCAGCAGCUGCCAUGGCUGCAGCUCUUGCAACUGCAGCAGCAUUUUGGUGCUGGGCGCCGCCAUGCUAGCAAGGCUGUGCAUUCAGAGCACAAAAACAUCGGCGCAACCACAUCGCUGCGCGAUGCUUUGCGCAUUGCUUCCUUUACACUUUGGAGGGCGCUUCUUGUUACUGGUUUCUUGCUACUAGUACUAGUGGCCUCCAACCUACUAGCGAUGGCCUCCACCUAGAAGUUUGUUGCACAACUGCAGGAGGAUGAGGAAGAUUGCUGAAGUUCCACUCUGUCGCCCAAGGCGAUCGUUCGAGCGAGAAAGAAUGGUUAGAGCGUUACUUUGGUCGGACGCCGCAAAUACGAAUCUGGAAGCCUUUAUUUUUCUUGAUCAGUAACAGGUGCCACGCUAGUAGUAACAUGUGGCAUUGAACCACACCCAAGUGGGUCAAGGGAGACGAAGGUCCGAUGCCUCUCACAUGAGAUCAUUCUGGUCUUCUUUAGACUUUAAGAUCUAACAGCAACCUCCAACCUAAGAGCGAUUGUUGUGUUCUAGUCUUAAAGGGUAGUUAUGGGUGAGUCCAAGCACAAAGGCGAGCAGUUGUGCUUUAGUGCAGCGACCCGUCACAAAGAAAGGAAACCUCCGAUGAAACAAACCAUUUGCAGAGUUGAAAUUGCACAGAAACUGGCGGACACUGGGUUCUCGGCAAGAUUUUUUGUGAUUUGCUUCAUGGCGUUGAUAGUUUUUGGAGGGAAGCAGUGACAGCAAAGACUGUUCUGGAGUUGCGUGGUGGAGAUAAUCAAGUGCCAAAAACAAGAUGGUCAAAACCGCACCUAAAGAUUAAUUAAGAUGGUCACGAAUUAUUUUGUGGAGGAAAAGAGUAA